CCAAAGCAGGCGUCGGAGGGGGGAGCGGCAUCCCAAGGAGAGUCCCCCUCCUCCGCUUCCCGGAGCCGCUGCGUGCCCGCCGCCGCUGCCGCCGCCGCCGCCUCAGGAUGUGGGUGCCGCUGCUGCUGCUGCUGCCGGAGCUGCUCCCCGCCGUGCCGGCCCAGAAGCUCUCCGCCCUCACGUUUUUGAGAGUGGACCAAGACAAAGACAGAGAAUGCAGCCUGGACUGUGCAGGUUCCCCUCAGAAAUCACUGUGUGCAUCUGAUGGAAGAACUUUUCUGUCCCGGUGUGAAUUUCAACGAGCAAAAUGCAAAGACCCUCAGCUGGAAAUAGCCUACCGGGGCAACUGCAAAGAUGUUUCCAGAUGUGUGGCUGAAAGGAAGUACACCCAGGAACAAGCUCGCAAAGAAUUUCAACAAGUGUUUAUCCCAGAAUGCAAUGACGAUGGCACAUAUAGUCAGGUUCAGUGCCAUAGUUACACUGGAUACUGCUGGUGUGUCACUCCCAACGGUCGUCCUAUCAGUGGUACUGCUGUGGCCCACAAAACUCCCCGGUGCCCAGGUUCAGUGAGUGAGAAGCUGCCACAACGAGAAGGUGCAGGAAAAACAGUCUCCUUGCAAAUCUUUUCCAUUCUGAAUUCAGAUGAUGCCUCAGCUCCCGCGCUGGAAACUCAGCCUCAAGGUGAUGAAGAAGAUAUAGCUUCUCGUUAUCCUACAUUAUGGACUGAGCAAGUAAAGAGUAGACAAAACAAAACCAAUAAAAGCUCAGCAUCAUCAUGUGAUCAAGAACUUCAGUCAGCCCUGGAAGAAGCUAAACAGCCCCAGAAAGACAAUGUGUUCAUUCCAGAGUGUGCUCAGGGUGGCCUCUACAAACCAGUGCAGUGCCAUCCUUCCACAGGCUACUGCUGGUGUGUUCUGGUGGAUACGGGACGUCCCAUCCCUGGUACAUCAACCAGGUAUGAACAACCUAAGUGUGAUAAUGGUGCCAGAGCUCACCCGACCAAAACAAAGGAUUUAUACAAAGGACGCCAGCUUCAAGGUUGUCCUGGGGCCAAGAAGAAUGAGUUCCUGACUAGUGUUUUGGAUGCAUUGUCCACGGAUAUGGUGCAUGCAGUCUCUGAUCCAUCAUUGUCUUCUAGCCGAGUUUCAGAGCCUGAUCCAAAUCAUACUCUGGAAGAGAGAGUGGUCCAUUGGUAUUUCAAACAGCUAGAUAAAAAUUCCAGUGGUGACAUUGGCAAGAAAGAAAUCAAACCAUUUAAGAGAUUCCUAAGAAAGAAAUCAAAACCCAAAAAAUGUGUGAAGAAGUUUGUGGAAUACUGUGAUGUGAACAACGAUAAGUCGUUGUCAGUUCAAGAAUUAAUGGGCUGCUUGGGAGUAACAAAAGAAGAAGGUAAAGCAGAAACAAAGAAACGCCAUACGGCCCCUAAAACCAACACUGAGAGCACUUCAUCCAGCAGGCAGCAAGUUUCUAAGAAGCAAGGGUGAACAGCUUACUGAUCCAAGGCAGGUCUCUGACAUGUGGGAGAUUUCCUCACCAAAAGGCAAUAAAAACAACUGUAGUAUUUGCACUUUGUACUUAAAAAUGUAAAUUCACUUUGUAGAAAUGAAAUAUUUAAACAGACUUUUUUUUUUAAUCUGUGAAAAUGUAAUGGCUAGUUUUGAAAAAUUAUCACAUACAAUGUAUGUGUAUUCUUUUGUUGUCUGAAAUAUGUAAAACGUGUUGGAGAUGUAAAAGUUUGCAUUUAAACCAUUUUUUUUUUAAAUAGCUUUUUGGCAAACAGUAGCAUAGAAACCUGAUUCUAAGUAUUUUGGUUUCAAUAGUAUGCCUUGUUUUUCUUAAUCAAUACUGUCAUUUAAGUAGAGUUAUGCUGAAAAGUCUACUGUAUUCUCAAUUUUGUCCAAGCAGUGUUGGAUGUUUCAGGUUUGCAGGACUGAGGGAAGUGUGUAAAUUGCUGUUUACUUGGUUUUGCAGUUUUUAACUGAACAGGUUUUUCAUCGGUGGCAAUAUUUUAUUUCAUUUUGUUUUUAUUGUUAUUAUUAUGCUUUCCAAAGACCAUGCAAUGAGAAUGCAACCACUAAUGGAUUCAAAACAGUUAUUCUACAGUUGGGAUACUUGUAGAAAAAUGUAUCCUUUUAUCCAUUUUUGAGGUGCCUUCCAUUAUAAGUUUUGGUAGGAUUUUUUCCCCUGUUUAUUUUCACUUGGGUUAUUAAUACAGCAAACCAACAAGGAGUAAGGUGGAUUGUAAUGUCACUCCAGUCUGGUUCAGCCUGGGCCUAAAAGCAUGUUUCUUUGGUCAGUGCAAAGCAGGAGCAGAGUUUAUAUGGGUCAGAAUUGUAAAUCUAACUAUAAAGAGACAGGGAAGGCUAAACAGAUUGUUCAACCUUUUCUUUCCCUACACCUGGCUGCCCCCAUCAACUCUUUGGUUUGCCUCAGGGUCCACUAGAGGUAAAGCUGAACAAAUUAUGAACAGUUGCCGUCAGGAGGGGCUACUCACAUCGCCCCUGCCUGAGGCUUUUUCCUUGCUGUCUGAAAGUUCCCACAAGUUUUCAUACCUUCUCUGUCAUUUUUUCCCCCCAGUGCUUUUUUGUAUGUGUGCCUGAGGGGAAUAAGAACUUGCGGAUGUGAAUUUAGAGCAGGGGACCCAAGUAAAAAAGGUUCAGGUCUUGAACAACUGUGAGUUACAUGCAGCUGGGUUGAUCGAUGCAGUGGUAGAUGGACUGCUGGCAUCUAGGAGCUGACAUGAAAAGGCAGGAAUGUUGCAACAAGCAGUGAUUUCAUUCUGGUUUGUUUAAAUAACUUGUGGGAUCUGACAUGUGACUAGCUAAUCAUAAUAGCACCCUGGCUUGAGCUUGUACCUGGAAAAGCUUUCUUGCAAAUAAAUAUGUUUCGUUUCAAUGUCAACAUAUGCUGAAGUGAUAGGAAACACUGUAUGCAGUGGAAUUGUACCCCAGAAAUUGUGUACUCUAAGCUUUGGCAGCAGGAGGAACCAAGAUGCAGCUAUGUGUUAUCUUGUAUUUUUGUUACAAAAAGUAUUUGUUAUUCUUUUAUACUGUUAAACUUUGAAUUUAAUCUUCUUUAUAGAUUAAAGAUCAGUAUGUUAUCAAACUA